ACGUGAGGGAGGAGGGGGCGGCGGCGGCGGCAGGAGUUUCCCCGACAGCUGGAGGUUGCGGCGGUGGCUCCUCCUCCGCGGGUCCCCGUUAGAGGCGAGAGACCCCCGCGCUCCUCCUUAUUGACAAAUACACAAAGGGCCGCGCCGGGGCCGGGCCGGGGACGCGUCUGGAGGCGGCAUGGGAGACAAGAAGAGCCCGACCAGGCCGAAGCGGCAGCCGAAACCCUCCUCGGACGAGGGCUACUGGGACUGCAGCGUCUGCACCUUCCGCAACAGCGCCGAGGCCUUCAAGUGCAUGAUGUGCGACGUGAGGAAGGGCACCUCCACACGGAAACCUCGACCCGUCUCUCAGCUGGUUGCACAGCAGGUUCCUCAGCAAUUCGUGCCCCCUACACAGUCAAAGAAAGAGAAAAAAGACAAAGUAGAAAAGGACAAAAGUGAAAAGGAAACAACUAGCAAAAAGAACAGUCAUAAGAAAACCAGGCCACGAUUGAAAAAUGUGGAUCGAAGUAGUGCUCAGCAUUUGGAAGUUACCGUUGGAGAUCUGACGGUCAUAAUUACAGACUUUAAGGAGAAAACUAAGUCACCACCUGCUUCCAGUGCUGUGUCUGCAGAUCAACACAGUCAGAGCGGCUCUAGCUCUGAUAACACAGAGAGGGGAAUGUCCAGGUCAUCUUCACCCAGAGGAGAAGCGUCGUCACUGAACGGGGAAUCUCAUUAAAGUUUAUUUCCUCCAGUUUCUUUAGCCUCUUCUCUUUACAACAUGCAAAUAUGUAACUUCUGCCACCUGUUGCCACAUUUUCAUGACAGAUUAUCCAUGCACAAUUGGUAUGUUUACUGAAACAUAAUUUAUGCAGUUUAGGAAGAAGAAAAAAAUUGCAGUGGUAGAAAUAAUUUAAAUGCAAUCUAAAAAUGCUUACGAAGCAUUUUCAGACCAACUGUUUAAUCUUUGUGUGUAAAGGUGCCAUGAAAAUGUGGUUUGAAUGUUCAUACACAGUGUUACUGGUAAGUCCAUCUUCACUUUUAGUUUAGUGAAUUCUAACAACUCUUGGAGUCUCUACUAUUGGCAUGUACUGAAUUUAAAUUUUUAUAACAUAGUUCAAGCUGCCUAAAUAUGUAUUAUCUGAAAAUUGUGAAACAUAGUUAUAUGUAUGCAAGUCAAAGAUCAACUUAAUCAACUAUUGCUGCAACAGAAUUUUCGUAAUAAUUAUCUUAAAAACACCUGCUGGUACUUGGUGUGGUUAAAUAGGAAAAUGUUAUUAAAUAAAACAUUUGUAUGAAUUUUUGCCAAUGUUUGACACAUUUUACUAGAUUACUGUUAAUGAAUUAUGUUAAUGGUUUUACCAAUAUUUUUUCACACUUAAAACACUUAUUGAAAUGUUUACAAGCAAAUACAAAAAAAAAAAAAAAGUAAAUCCAUUCUAGACAUCAAUUGGUUAACUCUACAGUUCAGGAAAACUCACUGUCACUAUACACUGGUAUUCUACGUUUAACCUCACAUGACAGCAUUUGGCAAAAUUAACAUUGGGAAACACAAAAGUUUGGUAAAGCUUUAAAAAUUACUGAAGUACAGUUUUUGUUUCUGCUUAGUGCUGUUCCCUUGCCCCAGAUUUACCUAGUGUCAUAUAAUCAGUUACCAUUUCAUUACAGAAAUACCAGAUGUUGCACAAGAAUAAGGAAAUAACAAUACUAUUACUAUUUUUUUUUUUUAAUUUUGGAUCAACCUCUUUUUAUUUUGAUUUGGCCUAUUAGAAAAUAUUAUGUCAUAAAUGAUGUGUAAAAACCCCACAGUAACCUACUUUAUGGCAUAAACUGUCAAUAUUUUAUGCACUUAGCAAUAUACUGAUACAGAGCAGAACUAUUUACAGUCCCAUCUGGUAAUAUGUAAAAUUACCAAUAAAAUAUUUUUGUGAAUACAGAUUUUUGCAUUUUUGUUUACAGCCAAUAAGUGUUUUGAUACACACACAUCCAAUCCAUGUAUAGAUUGAAAUUAUAUAUUUGGUUGAGUACAAAAGUCCAUUUAGCUCCUUUCAGUGAGAUGGUCCACUUACACUCCUGUGAUUCUUUUCUUUUCUUUCCUUUUUUUUUUUUUUUUUUUUUUUUUUUUUU